UCUCUCUGCGGCCAUGGUAACACUUUCCUCAAUACCGGACCUCUGAUUCAAAAAACUACACAAACAAGUGCUUUUCAUGCAGCUAUUAUUCAGCAUGAAUUUGGCAGAGAUAUGUGACAACGCCAAGAAGGGUCGUGAGUAUGCUUUGCUUGGGAACUAUGACUCCUCCAUUGUGUACUACCAGGGUGUCAUUCAACAGAUCCACAAGCACUGUCAAUCCCUCAGAGACCCUGCACUUAAAGUCAAAUGGCAACAGGUCAGGCAAGAACUCACUGAGGAGUAUGAGCAGGUGAAAGCCAUCAUGGGAACGCUCGAGAGCUUUAAGUCAGAGAAGCCAGUCGACAUCCUUGCACCUCAAUCUGACGAGAGACCUGAGGAUCCAGCAGUUUGGCCCCCUCCCAUCCCUGCAGAACACAGGAAUCCUGUUGCAGUGAAGCGUCCCAACAGUGCAGUGAAGCAGCAGAGGAAGGACUCCCCGGGUCUGCAACAUCGAGGGGCAGGACCAGGAGGACGCGGUCAGGCCAACCUUAAACCAGACCGACCGGGAUUCAGAGAUGCCCGUGGCACAAAGGCCAAAGACGAUAAGGGAAAAAAGGCCACUGGCGACGGACCAGGGGAUGUAGAGCAGAAGAAAUUUGAUGCCACAGGAUACGACAGUGACCUGGUGGACUCACUGGAGAGAGAUAUUGUGUCCCGUAACCCUAAUGUACACUGGGAUGACAUUGCUGAUCUGGAAGAUGCUAAGAAACUGCUGAGAGAAGCAGUGGUGUUACCCAUGUGGAUGCCUGACUUUUUUAAGGGCAUUCGUCGCCCCUGGAAGGGUGUGUUAAUGGUUGGCCCUCCAGGGACAGGGAAGACCAUGUUAGCCAAAGCCGUGGCCACAGAGUGUGGGACUACUUUCUUCAAUGUGUCUUCCUCCACCCUCACCUCCAAAUACAGGGGCGAGUCUGAAAAACUUGUUCGUCUACUGUUUGAAAUGGCCCGGUUUUAUGCACCAACAACCAUCUUCAUAGACGAGAUUGACUCCAUUUGUGGCAGGAGAGGAACAUCUGAUGAACAUGAAGCCAGCCGCAGGGUCAAAUCAGAACUUCUGGUUCAGAUGGAUGGUGUGGGGGGAGCUCUGGAGAAUGAUGACCCCUCUAAGAUGGUGAUGGUUCUCGCUGCCACCAACUUCCCCUGGGACAUUGACGAGGCAUUACGACGACGCCUGGAGAAGCGGAUCUACAUCCCCCUGCCCACAGCUGUUGGUCGUGUAGAGCUUCUAAAGAUCAACCUGAGGGAGGUGGAGGUGGCUGCUGAUGUGGACCUGGACCUCAUUGCUGAGAAGAUUGAGGGCUACUCUGGAGCAGACAUCACUAACGUCUGCAGGGAUGCGUCCAUGAUGGCAAUGCGUCGUCGAAUCCAAGGCCUGAGCCCUGAGGAGAUCCGAGCUCUGUCCAAAGACGAGCUGCAGAUGCCUGUGACCAUGGAGGACUUCACCCUCACGCUCAAGAAGAUCUCUAAGUCUGUCUCUGCUGCCGACCUGGAAAAAUACGAAGCAUGGAUGGCUGAGUUUGGGUCAGUAUAGAGAGCAGUUAAAGAAGGAACUCGGAGCUUUGGAAAGUAUGAAGAGGAGGGCCUCAGGAGUGUAUGUCGAAGAGCUGAGUAAACUCCAGUAUGUGAAACAGGAUGCACAUCAGGGAUCAAGAUAAUACAGAUGCUCAAGUUCACUUGAGUCAACGGAGACUGGUGCCUUUGAGAGAGCAUGAUGAGAACUGUCAGUGACUUCACUCCUGCCCUUUCAUGUAUUCCCUCCUUGUUGUUGCUUUGACACAACUGUCCGUGUAGACACUGUCAAUCAUCCAGCUGCUGACUGACAAGUGACCUGAGGAGGAACUUGUCUCACACAGGGAACUUUUAAUGUAAAAAGUAGCCUAAUACACACAGGUAGACCAGGGAAUGUACACUAGUUUUACUUAAAUAUUAAGCCUCAUGCAAGAACAUUUUCAGAUUCUGAGCCUAAGCCCCUCUUACUAAUUCCAAGUCGGCUUCCCUGAACUACACAAGCUUGUCAUAAAUUGCUAAUUUCAAACUGACGAUUGUCAACUGUCAAUAUGUAGGUGAGCGUUUGUGAGAUUUGGGUAAUCAGUGCCCUUAAAAUUGCUAUGUAAGAGUCCCAGUUCUGCUCCAUUUUGGGGCAAGUUUCAUCCCCAAAAUUUUACCAAAGAGUAAAAAGAAGACCACAGAGCUUCAAGAUCUGCUGGCAGAAAUCAGCAGCUGAAAACAUAAAAGAUUUGGCACCAUAAGUGGUCAUUUUAGGAGACCUGAAACAAUUAGACAAUCAUAAUACAGCCAGCAACAACACAUCAUCAGUGUAGAAUCAUAUUGUGACAGAAAAUAAGGAGGAUAAAGAUGUUCGACUGUCAGGUGCAACAGAGGAUGUUCACCUGGGCAGCAAUAAGCAUACCAACCCUGACACAGCUGUUUAUGUGAGAGAAAUUUCCCUACAAAUACAAUAAAACCUACCAAAAUGUGGUCAAACCUCUAAAUCUGCAAGCCAUGAUGUUGGUGAUCUGAUGAACACAUUAUUAAUUUUUGCUUUGUUUAUUUUAGUUAUUUAUUUUAGUUGGUCAUCUGCAAAUUCCUUCAGAUUAAGGCAUUAUAAUACGGGCUGUACGUGACUUGUAUGACAGGACAAGUCUGGACCACAAGUAAAAUUCAUUUGUACUUAAAAAUUUUAAGUACAAGAAAAUUGUGGCAAAGGUGAAAAAGGAAGAUCGUUUGUCACAAAUCACUGAAUAACAAAUGUGUUAGUGCUUGUUAUUCUUGCAUGAGGCCCGUUGUCUUGAAGAACUGUAUGUUUGAGCACUACAGCCUGUGUAUUUCCUGCUGACUGAACACACUUGAAGAACCACAAUGUCUGUUAUGAAGUGACUGAUUAUGUGUUUGUGUUUGUAUGUUUUUUGUUGUUGUUUUUAAUAUCUAUUUUCAAUCUUGGUUCAAUUUUAGCUCUGUUGAGACAAACAAAUGUAGUCAGGCUAAAAUAACAUGUCUAUGUGAAUUGUUUAGUAAUGGAUUAAUCCUUAACUGCUUAAUGGUUCCUGUAUUUUAUGAAUUCUAUUAAAUCUAUU